UCUUCAAAGAACUGAGGAAAGAGUGCCCGCCAUGCCCCCAAUUUAUUCAUAAAUAAGCUUUUACUAGUCCGAGACAGGCGCCAAAGGAAUCUGAGAAGAAAAAACAGUCAAAGCCAUGCCGACCCUUACAAAGCUUUACGCGAUGCAGGAAGCCUCCCAGCACAAUACCAAAGACGAUUGCUGGGUCGUUAUAGAUGGCAAGGUAUAUGAUGUUACUUCUUAUUUGGACGAGCAUCCAGGAGGUGAUGAUGUAGUGCUUGCAGCAACAGGGAAAGACGCAACGGAUGAUUUUGAAGAUGCUGGGCACAGCGAAAGCGCAAAGGAGCUCAUGCAGAGCUUUUGCAUCGGCGAACUCGAUACGUCCUCCUCCCCAAUCAUUCCAGAACUUGAAAUUUCCUCCAAGAAGGAAACCACUGAGUACCCUCAGAAGCUCAUGGACUUGACAAAGCAGUAUUGGACUAUCCCGGUCGCAAUUGUGGGCAUCUCCGUGGUGGUUGGGUUCUUAUACAUGUAUAAGAAGUAAACCAGUAUGAUGUUUCCCCCUAUUGGCUACUGAAAGGAAAUUGUUACCCAAAUUUUGAAUAAUUAGAUGAUUGAUAUUGAUCAAGAACAUUUUGCCCGUUGUUAUCUUUUU